CUGGCCCUGCUCGGCAACCGUAUGUUAAGCAAGUGUGAAGCACGUCGCGUGAAUUCGCGAAUUCUGAAUUCAAAUGAGCCGGAAGCAAAGCGUGUACCCAAAGCCCUCGGUCGGUCUCGAGGCCCAUCAAUGUCCUGGCUCAUGAUGGCACAUCUGUGGUUAUUUGGCUUAUCGCUCGCUUCUGCCUCUUUUGCUAGAUCGAUCUCAGCCGAAGGGAGAUGGAUAAAGGUCGCCCAGCACGGGGUGGAUUCUCCGUCGUUCCCUCCAUGUGCCCGGCAGUCCUAUCUGGGUGCCUAUGGACAUCCCCUCCGACACGUCUUCGCAACAAGGCAGAUGAAAUGCCUCGAUGAAGCGCAAGCAGACCUCGUAGCAUAUAUAGAACCAAGAGACGAACCAUUCACCCUCAUCUGGCUUCAGGAUUCUGGAGUCGAUGUCUCCAUACGCCAAGCUUCUCCUUUGGAAGAAUGGCUGUCAGACCCUGGUCUACACCUUCGGACCAGGGCUCAGCUCCUCAAGACGCGUGCUGGCUUACACGAUGAAACUCAACAUCCCAUUGGGUCCGUUGGUCUGGAUGUCGGCAUCCGGUUGGAAUGGUUUGCCCAGACACACGGGAUUCUGUCCAUAGACAAUAAUUUAAUGGGCUACCUCGAUACUCUCAUUCCUCCAUAUGUCUCUGCAGUCGGCAUGACCUCUCCUUUCAGCGAGGACGAGACUGGUCCAUUCUUACCUGUUCCUCAGGCCUCGAUCGAGCGUGUGCGAGCUCUGAUUGAGGGCCUGAGGUUCAACCCUGAUGUCGCCUCCAUCCUUUCGACCCUUUCGGUCAAGGACAUGACCGCCGACAUCAUGCAUUUGACAGGGGAAGAUGGUGGUGGAAUUCUAACGCGGCAUAGCUUCUCCGAAGGUGCAUUGGUCGCUGCGGACUGGAUUCAGAAGCAAUUCGAAGAAACUGGUGCGAUAUGCCAUCAGAAGUCCUUCCUAGUGGGAUUUUCACCUAAUAUCAUAUGCCGUUACGAGGGCACUGGAAACGGUACAUCGCUCGUGCUCCUUUCCGCUCACUAUGACUCUCGCGGUAGCUACGGUAGCACCCGUGCUCCAGGAGCCAACGAUGAUGGCAGCGGUGUAACACAUCUUUUGGCUAUUGCGAAGGCCAUUAAAUCGAACAAGAUCAAGUUUAAAUCCCCCGUCGAACUGGUCGCAUUUUCCGGAGAAGAGCAAGGCCUCUUUGGUAGUCAAGCAUAUGCCAAGGAACUUCGUGAGCAGGGCGCAGAUAUCACACUGAUGAUUCAGGCGGAUAUGCUUGCGUAUCACUCUCCAACUGAACCCAUGCAGCUUGGUCUACCCGAAUUCAUCGGACUGCCGGAGGCAGCGUGGUUGUUAUCCAACGUGUCGAAAAUUUAUAGUCCUGAAUUGACAGUCGGGGUGACUAGUGCAUGUUGUAGUGAUCAUCAAUCAUUCCAUUUGGAGGGCUUCCCAGCCACUCAAGUCUUUGAGCGUGCUGGUCCAAUUCUUGAUCCCAUGUAUCACAAUUCAGGUGAUUUGAGUAAACGGGAAGGUUAUGAUCUCCAGCAAGUCAGGUCUAUUGCCAAAGUUACGUUUUCAAGCGUCUUGGAAGCUGCAGGAUUCGUCAUCGAUUCUUAAAGUACCGAGAUCCCUCAGUGGGAGCUAUAAUCUAUUUAAUGUUCUCGCUACGGUACAAAGAAUUGAAGCCACAAUAAUUAUAAUUAAUCAGCGAG